UACUAACCACAUCUGAUGAGGAGUUUGAUAAUUGCUCGUCGCACGCGGGUCCUGGCGCCUUCUAGACUUGGACUAAGAAUUAUUGAGGCUCAUGGUUGUCAUUUAAUUCAUGUAAUUAGCGAAGCAUCAGGAGAUUUGGUCUGGCUUCGCUGGUUUGAUAUCGGGCAGACAAAUAUUCAGUCAAUAAUUCCACUAAAAAAAUUGAGGGUUCUAGAACUAUGUGAAAAUUGGAGGCAGGCAGAUCAUCGCUUACUAGAGCUUUGGGUGGAUGACUGCGAUGCUCCUUUACAGUUAAGAGAGUUGAUUAUUUCUUAUUGCAAAGAAUUCAGAAGAUUUCCAAACUCAAUAGGACGCCUCAAGCAAUUGAGAAAAAUAGUCCUGGAUUCGACGAAGCAUUUGGAAAGUCUUCCAGAAGAAUUCUGCCAACUACAAUCGCUGGAGCACCUGGAAUUAAACAGUUGUGAUGGGUUGUCAUCACUACCGAACAGUAUGGGUAAUUUGAGAAAACUACGGCAUCUAAGUUUGUUGGGGUGCAAGAAAUUGGGGAGGUUACCAGAUUCUUGUAAGGAGUUAAGGCUGCUGCAACAUCUGAGCUUAUCCAGCUGUCCUAAUGUUACCUUUAUGUCGGACAUUAUGGAAAACAUGUCAAAUCUAGAGUAUUUGAGUUUAACAUGCUGCUAUCAAUUGGAAGAGUUGCCUCGUCACAUCACAAAUCAGGUGUCCUUGAGAGAGCUCCAUUUAGAACAUAUGUGGAACUUAAGGGAGAUACCAGUGAAGAUUGAUCAACUGAACAAGUUACAAAAACUGUGUGUCGGGGGUGAUUUAUUGACAAGCUUGCCAGCCUCCCUCGGAGAUUUGUCUUCCUUGACUGCACUGGAAAUUACUAAUAGCACCAGCAUGGAAUGUUUACCAGACUCUUUGGGGCGCCUGAGUCUCUUAGAGAGAUUAGAGAUAGACGAUUUGGGAGUGAAAUCUUUACCAGAAUCAAUUAGUCAGUUGACUAAUCUGGAAAGUCUGUGGAUAUGUCGCUGUCCAAUCAGCGAAUUGGAUCUUGGAGUGGGGUCUUUUAGUUCUUCCUUGUCCAAGCUUAAGACGAUAGAACUAUCAGAUAAUGAUCUAUUGUCCAAGAUCUGUAUCUCAAAAGACUGUUGCGCUGGCCUUGAGACUCUCACAGUUGAAAAGAAUAGAAAUCUAACGGAGAUAAAAGAGCUGCCAAGUUCGGUCAGAAAUCUAGUUAUAACUAGAUGCCCCAAGUUGUCUGCGCUUCCCAGUUUUGCAGAAUUAACUUCUCUUCGAGAAUUUGAAAAGAUAGGUUGCUACCAAGUUAAGAAAAUUGAAGGUUUAAAUCAUUGUAGAGAAUUGGAGGCGCUGAAAGCAUAUACAUGGUGGGAGAUGCCGAAUAUAGAAAGCCUGGAGUACAUGGAAAGAUUGAGGGUGCUGCAUCUCACGGGAAUGAGGAAAUCAGUUGUUGAAGGUUGCAUUCAGAGCAUGGAGAAAUGGCCUGGCGAAAUAAAAGUUUCAACGCGAGCAGUGCGUAAUGCAGCCUCACUUGUAAAUUCCUUAGCCAUUCCUACUCUCUCUGUCGUCGACUCCUGUUCUAACGUGCAAACUGAAAGAAAGCAAGGACCUAAAUUGGUGUUUGAGCAACCCACCAAUGGCAACGCAAUUAUUGUUUGUUUUGUAGUAAGGACUCCAGGUGGGGCACAGAUGAUUGGAGUUAGUGGAGAUUCAUUCAGUACAUUAUCAUCUUAUGCGAAGGUGGAGGAAGGGGCAUGGGUAUGGAUAGGUCUGUUCACACAACGUUCUAAAUGGUACACAUCAAACGCCUACGAGGCACGUUUUUCAGGUGAAAAUGGCAUGGUGGAGAAAGGAUUGGUUGCGAUGGUAGAAGAGGAUAGAGUUACAGAGGUUCUGCGCCGCCUAUUGGGGGUGAUGGAAAUAUGAUUUUCGUACAUUGAAGUGUAUAGAUUUAAAUAAUCCUUCGUAUUAUGUAGAAAGGAUAUGAAACAAAUUAAUAAUUGUUUUACA